UUCCAUAUUCUGGUCAGCUGAGGAUUCGGUCAGUCAUGUGACUGACAUCUGACAUGACACAAUAGUGUAAUGAAAAGUGUUGUCAUUGUGAAGUUCUUGUGAACAAGUCGGGAUGAUGGGGUUGACGAAAACAAGCGCUUGCAGCGUUGUGUUGCUACUUGUCGUGGCAAUUGAUACAGGGUUCUCGAAUCCCCUAAAAUCUAAAGAGUCCUGGGGAUAUGUUGACGUACGCGAGGGGGCACAUAUGUUCUGGUGGCUUUACUAUGCUGACAGCCCGUCCGCCAGCUACUCCCAGCUGCCUCUCGUGAUGUGGCUGCAGGGAGGCCCGGGAGGAUCAGGCUGUGGCUUCGGGAACUUUGAAGAGAUCGGACCCCUGGACAGAGACCUUGAGCCUAGGAAAAACUCCUGGGUUCAGUACUCCAGUGUAUUGUUCGUAGAUAACCCGGUAGGAACAGGCUUCAGCUACACGGACUCAGACGAGGCCUUCGCUACUGACGUGGCUACGGUCGCCUCCGACAUGCUGGUGCUGCUCAAACAGUUCUUCAACAAGGAGGAACAGUUCCAGAGCGUGCCCUUCUACAUAUUCUCAGAGUCCUAUGGAGGGAAGAUGGCUGCCGCGAUCUCACUGGAACUCACUAAGGCCGUAGAAAAAGGAACCCUGAAGUGUAACUUUGCCGGAGUGGCUCUGGGAGACUCUUGGAUCUCUCCACUGGACUCUGUUAUGACCUGGGGUCCUUAUCUGUACACCACGUCCCUGCUAGAUGACUACGGCCUGCGGGAGGUGAGCAGUGCAGCAGAGGCGGUGAAGCAGGCGGUGGAUCAGGGGCAGUACCUGAAGGCCACAGAGCUCUGGUCUGUCACUGAGAGUGUCGUGGAACAGAACACAAACGGAGUGAACUUCUACAACAUCCUCACCCAGGAACCUGAUGAGGAGAUGUCCUCCGUGGCUGGAGAAGGAUUCCUCUCUCUGCUGAUGCGGCACCACAUUAGCCCCCUCCACCGCCAAUCACUGAGCCAGUUGAUGAACGGGCCAAUCAGGAAGAAGCUGGGAAUCAUCCCUCAGAACGUCACCUGGGGAGGUCAGGCUGAGGCAGUGUUCAGCAGCAUGUCAGGUGACUUCAUGAAGCCAGUGGUGGACGUGGUGGAUCAACUGUUGGAUGCCGGGGUCAACGUCACCGUCUACAACGGACAGCUGGACCUCAUAGUGGACACCAUGGGUCAGGAGCAAUGGGUGAAGCAGCUGAAGUGGGUGGGGCUCCAGAGCUUCAGCCAAAUGAAAUGGACUGCCCUCGAUGACCCCGCCUUCCCGGGUGUGACCGGCGCCUUCUACAAGACCUACAAGAACUUCUCCUUCUACUGGAUCCUCAAGGCUGGUCACAUGAUCCCCUCGGACCAGGGACCCAUGGCACUGCAGAUGCUGAAGAUGAUCACACAGCAGGACUGACACACACACACUCGCACUUAAUAACACACACACACGCAUACCGCACACACUAGAGCUGGACGAUAUGGAGACCAACAAAUCCAGAUUGUGAUAUAUUUCCUUUUUUUAAAAUUUGUUGCAAUAUUGUUAAAUCAGUUAUUUUGGGGGGAGGUGUGCUAAAGCUGGACCACAUGGACUAAAAGUCCUAUCGGGAUGAAUGGAACUAUAAUAUGUGUUUUAAUGGUUAGUUACUUUACAUUAGCGAAGAGCUCGCUAUCGUGAUGAAUGGAACUACUGUUUUUAAUGGUUAGUUACUUUACACUAGCGAAGAGCUAAUAAGAGCAUCUUCUGUAAGAUGAGGGAAUGACAGCGUCUGCUAAAUGACACAUUUAAAAAUGUAAAUUAGUGGCAGGGCUCUAGACGGUGUGUUUCCAGGGCCAGGUAAGACAACUGAGAUGGUAGACUACGAUUCAAAAAGUAAGAUAUUCCCAUGCCACAUAUCCAGGGAAGGAAUGGUUGAUGUGCAACCUGUCAAAAGGAUCCACAAUGAUCACAUUUUAUUUUGGCCUCUUCAGAGAAUUGGCUGACAUCUUUGUGCCUAUUGGACUGUAGGCGAUAUGAUUCACCACCUGAGGAAGGGCGACAUCAAAACACUAAGAUUACUAACCGUAGAUGUGAUAUUGUUGCUAGGUAACCACGUAGGCUGAUGUCCUACAGGAACUUCCCAGCUCUAGGCCUAGGCUACUUGAUGUAGGUCUUAUUCACUGCAAAUGGCGCGCUCCACGAGAAGGGUGUAAUUGCGGCUCGCAAUUCUGGGCGUUACUGCAUGUGGUCAUUCCUUCAUCUGCAGGAACCCCUCUUUUUAUAGUUCUAUUGGUCCAUUAUUAAGUUAGGACUGUGAUCGAGAGGCGGGGGUGAGCCAGUUCAGUAGGGGGGGGCGGUAAAUGAACCAUAACGUUGGAGGCCAACCGCCGAUAAACCCCACCUUCGCCCUGUCGGACAUUGCUUUCCUGCAGUUCUGUUAACGACGUCGAUGGCAGGUGUUUGGCAGGCUGGAGAGAAGGACACUGUGCUAGCAAGGACUCAGGUACACAAGGCGGGAGGCAGCAGUAACUGGUUGGUUGGUAGCUAGCUAGGACUCCGUUACACAGAAGGCGGGAAGCAGCGGUAACUGGUUGGUAGCUAGCUAGGACUCCGUUACACAGAAGGCGGGAGGCAGCGGUAACUGGUUGGUAUCUAGCUAGGACUCCGUUACACAAGGCGGGAGGCAGCGGUAACUGGUUGGUAGCUAGCUAGGACUCCGUUACAAGGCGGGAGGCAGCGGUAACUGGUUGGUAGCUAGCUAGGACUCCGUUACAAGGCGGGAGGCAGCGGUAACUGGUUGGUUGGUAGCUAGCUAGGACUCCGUUACACAAUGCGGGAGGAAGCGGUAACUGGUUGGUUGGUAGCUAGCUAGGACUCCGUUACACAAUGCGGGAGGAAGCGGUAACUGGUUGGUAGCUAGCUAGGACUCCGUUACACAAUGCGGGAGGAAGCGGUAACUGGUUGGUUGGUAGCUAGCUAGGACUCCGUUACACAAGGCGAGAGGCAGCAGUAACUGGUUGGUUGCUAGCUAGCUAGGACACAGAGUUUCGUUCGCCACUCAUCAUUAUUUUAUUUCCCUUUUGACCAACAUUUUAAAUCUUCUAGAAUAUCAAGUGACCCUCAAGCAUGAAGAUCAAGACUAACCUACUUCAUGAAUUGAUUUGUUUGACAAUCGGAUGAAAACCAGUCAUGAUGUUGUGUUCAUGCCACAUUAAAAGGUCAUACAUUUUCACAGUUAAAUGACAUGUCUUCACACAGAGGAAGUCCCGUGAAGAAAACAUAUGUGUCUCCUUAUGGAAAUCAAAUGCCAGUUCGACUGAUUCAUCCUGGUGCCAGCCCUGAGGGACAGGCUGAGACUUUUCAUAGCAGGAAACAACAAUGCAUAGAGUAUUACUGUUGACCAGGUAAUGGUUCUAGAACAAUCCACAUGAACGUUGUGUAGCAAAAUCCCCCCCCCCCCCCCCCAAAGAAUGGUUCUAGAACAAUCCACAGGAAUGUUGUGUAGCAAAAUUCCCCCCAAAGAAUGGUUCUAGAACAAUCCACAGGAACGUUGUGUAGCAAAAUUCCCCCCAAAGAAUGGUUCUAGAACAGUCCACAGGAACGUUGUGUAGCAAAAUAACCCAAAAUGUAUGCAAAACGAUUUGGUAUGAGGAAGAUGGUGUCUGUAAUUUUUGGUUUAUCGUCCCAGCUCUAGUACGUGCACACACACACACACACACACUCUCUGAUGCCAGCUGGAAUGGCUCUCCGUCAGAUAUAAGGCAAUCAGGAAGAAUCACCAAAUAUAACCGACUGCUCAGUCCAGUAUCAUAGAUCGAGAUCAAUCUAUCUCGUACCACUACUGACGACCAACUGCUCAGUCCCACAUCAUCCAUACUGUACCAUUAUCCACCACAAAAUCUGCUUCCAGACUGGUGCACUAUAUAGGGAAUAGGGUGCCAUUUCAGAUUGUGCACUAUAUAGGGAAUAGGGUGCCAUUUCAGAUUGUGCACUAUAUAGGGAAUAGGGUGCCAUUUCAGAUUGUGCACUAUAUCAGUGUUCAGCUCGUCUCUUGCAGCAGUAGCUCUGGUCCAGGGUGUUUUUUCCCCGGCUUCGCUCUUCACUAUUGGAAGACACCCUGCACCAGAGCUACUACAGGGGAUACGGACUGGUACUCAAGAUCUGUUGAUUUAACUGAUUGAUUUUCUUUUGUAAAUUUGAGCGUGAGAACAAUAAAUAAAAGCUUUUUUUUCUAAA